UCUACAUUAUUUUCGUGAAAAAACAGGAAAUUCUCGAUUUCAGAAAUUUUCCACGACAAUAAAAAUUAGAAUGGACGUAGGGCUGCGUUUCUUAGGACGGAAUAGCGAGUUUAAAACGCAUGCACAAUUCGUAUUCUGCGUCCUCCCGUACAUCGAGGGUCACCGGUACACUUUCGGCCACUCGUUCCAAGGUUGCGAAGGGGGAGAAGAAUUCCUAUUUUUGUUUCGGUUCCGAUGGGGGCAGUGCUUGGAGAAAGUGACCUCGGCCCGAUUUCAGAUUUAUUGUCGCCAUGGCAACUUCUGGGUUAAACGGGUGUCGAACGUGCCUGAUUACUCUAUAUUCCUAAAUGAGACCGAGGUUUGUGACAAUCCGGACGGAAUGAGGAUGACACUUGGGGACUUGUUCGUUCUCGCGGAAACUUGCGAUGGGCCAUAUCCCCCACCACCCUGGUGGAAAUUUUCAAGGUGGAAAGGUUUUUCAAAGGAAAAUGACAACCAAAAGAGGAAUUCCCCACGUUAUUAUCAGCAUAAAAAUGUUUUCAGGUUCCAGGCGAGACGUAUUCUCCUCACUGUUGACCCGUUUGAGAAUGUCGCAUUCCCAAACAUCUCAUAUUUCCCACGUGACACAUCCGAAUCUUACCCCGCCCUCGAAAACACUUUGAUACUUUCCAAAAUAUUUUCCCACUUGGGUCUCUCAACCCUAAAGAAUUGCCGCCUCGUGUCAUCCAUCUGGAGCAGUGAAGCCGUCCCCUGGCUGAAGUCUCGAUCCGAAAUUCGGUUCAAGUUCUACACCUACCGCGAACCCGCCCAGAACCGGCCGAAAUUGUUUCUUUAUAGACAUGAAAUGUUGCAUUUCGCUAAUCCAAAUUGGCACGUGGAAUGCUUCGUUGACGAAACAAACGUGAUGUUUGACAAGUUAAGUUACGAUUUGGGCAAGGUUCUUGAAAAUUGUCACGUGAUUCGCCGCCUGAGUUGUGUCUACCGUCCCACUAUAGAUAACGUUCUAUUGAUAAGAUUGCUGAAUCAUGUGGCCGGUUUCAUAGAGGAACUGGCGGUUUGUUUCGAAAAUUGUGGAAAUGCGGAGGAUGAUAUUACCGAAUUUUUCCAGCUGAUUGAAUUCCCGCUUCUUAAAAGGUUCGAGUUCGAUAUGGGUAACAAUGUGUUAUCGACGAUUAGACCGGCAUGGUAUGAAAAUUUGACGGGUUCUCUCAUAAAAUUGAGCAGCAGGGUGUCCGUGCUGUAUCUUAAGUCGAAAAAUGCCGCGAUGAAUACGCAUUUUUUGCGGGAAAUUUUAACGAAUAGGGAAUUUCCGAGGUUGAGGGAUGUUCGGGUUAGGAAAAUUGAUUCGGAUGGGUUGGAAAUUUUAAUGGGCUUAAGGGCGGGCUUGGUUAGACUGGAGAUUAAUUGGUUUUCCAACGAUUGUGAGACUCGACAGGUGGAAGAGGUCGUGCAAAGGCAGAGGAAUUCGUUGGAAUUUUUAUAUCUCGAAGUGCCCCCGGACUGGGGGGUGGUCCCUGUGGGGGAGAUGCCUUACUUGAGAAGAAAAGUGAUUUUGUUUAGAAAGGUUAAAAAUUAAAUUAAUUAAAAAUUAAUUCUGAAGGGACAUGUUUUCGAAUUUUUGAAUUCGCGCUAAAAUUCGAAAAUAUAAAGAAU